UAAACGGCCAUAGAGAAAGAUGUUAUGAAAAUUUUAGGAUGUACCCUGAAGUUUUUAGAAUAUUGUGUAAUACCCUGAAAGGUAUAGGGCUGAAGGAUUCUAAAUUUUUAACUGUUUAUGAACAAGUGGCAAUCUUUUUGCUCACUUUAUCUCAUAAUCAAAGGAAUCGUGUUGUAGCAGAGAGAUUUCAACACUCCACUGAAACCAUUUCUAGACACUUCCAUGCUGUGUUGCAUGCAGUAUGUCAGUUGGGCACCCAUAUCAUUACCCCUCCUAAUUUUUCUGUGAUUCCGAAUAAGAUUAGAGAGUCUUCUAGGUUUUACCCUUACUUCAGGCAUUGUGUGGGAGCUAUAGAUGGAACCCACAUUCCUGCAACUCUGCCAGCAAGUACACAACUUCCAUUUCGUGGUAGAAAGGGUUAUACCACACAAAAUGUAAUGGCUGUAUGUGACUUUGACAUGAGGUUCACAUAUGUGCUAGCUGGGUGGGAAGGCUCAGCUAAUGAUUCGAGAAUCCUAAAUGAGUGUACUGAAAAUGAGGCAAUGAACUUUCCAGCUCCACCAGCAGGUAAUAUUUUUUUAUAAAUUCACUUAAUAUAUGGUUAGUUUAUCAUACUGUAUAUAUCUUUAUGUAUUCUAAACAUGGCAGGUAAGUAUUAUUUGGUGGACUCAGGG